AUGGACGGGCGAAAGGCUUCAGAGCUUGCUCAGCAGCCUGGCUGUUUGGGGGCUCUCGUGCGGUUCUGGCGCCGCUCAUAUGGCGGGGACUAUUCGAUUCUUAUAUUCCUCGUCUUUGCGUGGGUGAUGCUGACUGGUGUAUCAAAGCUACAACUCUUCGUACACCCCUUCUACCAGCUGUUCAGCCUGGAUAAUUCCUCUAUUCAAUACCCUUUUGCUGUCGUCGAGCGAGUACCAGUCUUAUGGUGCAUCAUAUACUCCGGCAUCUUCCCUCUCCUUGCAAUCGGUAUCUGGUGUGCCCUCUUUCGGCCAGGGAGCCAUUUCGUCCAUGUCACCCUCCUGGGCCUCAUCGCUUCGCUGCUGGUUACCAUCUUUAUUACCGAUAUAAUCAAGAAUGCCGUUGGCAGGCCACGGCCGGACCUGAUUUCACGAUGUAAACCAGAAAAGGGUACCCCAGAACAUACAUUGGUCGACCAUACAUUGGAAAGCUUCCUUACUGGUCAGUUCCGGGCCUGGCGCCCUCGAUCAGGACUUGCCCGUCUGCUUGUCUCCUUAUCUCCACUGCUUGGAGCACUCAUGAUUGCCAUCUCCCGCAUAGCAGAUUACCGUCACGACGUGUAUGAUGUUUGCAGCGGGUCAAUUAUAGGUCUAGGAACAGCGUACUUGGUGUACCGCUGCUAUUAUCCUUCUCUGUGGUCUGCAGAUUGUGAUACACCUUAUCAUCCCGAUGACCAGGGGGCGAUGCAUGGCUUCCAACGAGUUGGCGAUGAGGAGCAGGCGUUUCAGCCGCAGCAAGUGUAUAAUGAGCAGGCGUACCAUAUGCAACCUCUUGGCAGCGGGCGGUAA